ACUCUGUUGAUCUGUUGUGUCACGUGUAAGUUAGAUCUGUUUAAUCUGUGGUAAAAAAGGGUGAGUGAACUGCCUCAUUGUUAUUUAUUGCAUUUGCCUCUAAUAAUACAUUAAUUAGCCGAUUUACGGGUACAGUGAGUGCAAUAACAUACAUAACAGGUCGUGACAGCCAUGCCGAUGUAAGUAAUAUCAGAGGUGUGGCGCGUCUCAGUGGGGCGUCGUUUGGUAGUGCAAGUGACAUUAGAUAUACGAAAAAAUAUUCCUUCUAUCUCGUUACAAGAUGACGGAGUACAAGUUAGUGGUGGUAGGGGCCGGUGGCGUGGGUAAAUCUGCAUUGACUAUACAAUUAAUCCAAAACCAUUUCGUUGACGAAUACGAUCCUACCAUCGAGGAUUCAUAUAGAAAGCAAGUGGUGAUAGACGGGGAGACAUGUCUCCUUGACAUUUUGGACACAGCUGGUCAAGAGGAGUAUUCGGCGAUGCGGGACCAGUAUAUGAGGACGGGGGAAGGUUUCCUGCUGGUGUUUGCAGUGAACAGUGCUAAGAGUUUCGAGGACAUUGGGUCGUACCGGGAGCAGAUCAAGCGAGUGAAGGACGCGGAAGAGGUGCCCAUGGUGCUAGUGGGCAACAAGUGCGACUUGCAGGCGUGGGCGGUGGACAUGACACAGGCGCGGGAGGUUGCGCGGAGUUACGGUGUCCCUUUCGUAGAGACAUCAGCCAAGACACGUAUGGGGGUUGAUGAUGCUUUUUACACCCUAGUCCGAGAAAUCCGCAAAGACAAGGAGAGCAGGGGCAAGAAGUAUAGGAGAGGGAACAAGGGGGGUUCACGGCGCCCCAUCAAAUGUGAACUGUUGUAAAUAAGUUUUACGAGUUAAUUCAAAUUCUCUUUCAAGUUCCACAGUUUAUUAUAAAAAUAACUGCAGUUGGUUUGUGAACUUUUUUCUAUGUGGUAACACAGUUAUUCGAAUAUGAUGUUUUAAAACCAUGUUAUGGCAAUACUCUAUACCAGUUGUGAAAUAUUGUUAAUGAUGUGGUAGAAAUUUAAAAAUUGUUGUUGUAUUUUCAUCUGUCACAUGGUGAAAGUUUUAUACACUAUAAAGUUGUAAAUGCCAUAUCAAGUGCAAUUGUUGGUAUGUCUGUAGGAAAAUACAUAAGAAUUUGUUCUGUAGACUGGACAAACAGUUGGCCAAACAUAAUGUUUUAAAAUCGUAUGCUAUCACUAUCAACAGCAAUUGUAAAUAUAACAGUUUAUUACUUGAAAUAAUCUAUCGACGAAAAUUCGACCGAUUGUCUAAUUUUACUAGCGAAACAACGAUAUGUCAACCGAAUCACUAAAAUAUGUUACUCUGUCAAAAGUAAAAUUUUGUCUCUGAUUUAGUAUUACUCAGGUUAAGACUAACCGUGGGUUUUUGAAACCAAAAUCUCUGUACAAAACAUAUUAUCAUCCCUGUCAUUUUUGACAAAACAGAGAUGACAAUAUGUUUAAAACGAAGAAUUUGCUUUCAGAAAACCACGGUAAGAAUAUUUAGACUUGGCAACCACACUCAUAGUAACCAAACAAAAUCCAUGUUGUACAAAAAAUAUGUGAUUAAUGGCAUAUAUAUAAAUGAUAA